AUGGGAAAAAAGAAGAACGCCGCCCCCAAGACGAAAGGACGACCUCCCGCUGUCGGACGCUCGGUCCAAAAGUGGGCCGACGAAGCUAUCAAGCUCCCGAAAGUCCAAAUGCUCCUGCGACAUGCCGACAACAAGAUUGAGCCCAAAAAGUUUCUGGAGCCCGAAGACGUGGAAGAAACGCCCUCCGAAACGGUCACCAUUCUUCAAGCCGUCGAGAUGUAUCUUUCAUUGAGAUACAAAAAGGAGCACGACGUUCCCCAUGGAGCGGAUGAUUCAUGGAGCGGGGCUGGUGACCCGGUGGCACCCAAUGAUGCUGCCGAUCUCGCAAGCUCGGUCGCGGAUGCAGGAGGAGCAUCCAAGGACACGGCGACUUCGACCAACCCGCAGCCUUCGAUGACAGCUAUCAAACAGUACUUCAAGGAGCGGGCGAAAAUCCUUCGGGCUACGGCUCGCAAGUCCAAUGCGUCCGAUGCGCCGAAGCCCAUCUUCCCUGAGUUUCCGCCCCUCAUGCCAAAGAUCACCUUCCCGACUGCGAAGCACCUCUGGAUGAGGGAUCAAGACAGCGGCGCCUUUACGAACCCUGGAAACAUCGGCAAGAAGAGCAACCCCGGUGUAAUGAUGAAGAACGCCACAGAACGCUGGAAUCAGCUCAGCGACGAGGUCAGGGAGGUCUACGAACAGCAGGCCAGGUCCCUGAAGGAGCAAGCUCUUCAGGCAGCUGUGGAGCCACCGGAUUCGGAUAGGCUUUACAGGCAGUCAGAACUGCUCGCGGAGUUCUUGGAGGCGAUCUGUGCAUACGUCAAACGUGAAACGAAUUACGACCUGAACAUAAUGGCGACGGGGCUACCCAAGGGGCAACCUCAUACCAUAUGGUUGAGCACGGGUCAUGACUCUCAAGGACGGACCUUCUGGAAGACCCUGAUGGACGCCAAGUCAUAUCUUCCAGAUGAGCUCGAUUUCAUCGCUGCGGGUUUCUCAAUGAACUUGCACAACACGGUGCAAAACGGGGCCAUUUUGGUGACUGACAGGCUGGCAGACAGUGAUAUCGUCGCGCGGGUUGAAAGCGAUGGCGAUGUUCGGCAGCAGAUGCACGCGCGCGCGGAGGACACCGCGACGAACGAGGAGGCGCGGGGUCACACGUUUGAAGCACCCCCUCCACCAGGCGUCAUCCCUGCCAUCGACCAUGGCGAGGUCUCUCAGCCCUGGACACUGCCGGCCCACAUCUUCCAUGCUCGCCUCUCCCGCGCUCUAGCCUCUGUGAAGAUUGUAGCUAAUCUCGCCGACAUAGAUGCCGGUGGCCCAGCUGCAUUCAACGACGGAGCCAACGAUUUGGAUGCGCUCACAUUUGCGCUAGGACAAGACACGGAGACCGUCGUGGCGCCCGCCUUGCGCACGCUCAACGAGGUUGUCGAUCAGCCGGACGUCGACCGCCGCGAUCGCCUCGAAAACCCCGACCAGCACGAGGGCGUCGUCUGGCGCGGGGUCGAGCAGUCCGUCGUCCACCAGUCCAUCGUCCGGGAUGACGUCGAGCAGCCCGCCGUAGUUGACCAGCACAUCGUCGUCGAGCAACCCAUAGAGCAGCCCGUCGUCGUCGACCAGUCCAUCGUCGUCGAGCAGCCCAUAGAGCAGCCCGUCGUCGUCAAGCAACCCGUCGUCGUCAAGCAGCCCGCCGUCGUUCAAGAGCAGCACAUCGUCGUCGAGAAACCCAUAGAGCAGCCCGCCGUCAUCAAGCAGUCCGUCGUCCAUCAGUCCAUCGUCCGGGAUGACGUCGAGCAGCCCGCCGUCGUUCAAGAGCAGCACAUCAUCGUCGAGCAACCCAUAGAGCAGCCCGUCGUCGUCAAGCAACCCGUCGUCGUCGAGCAGCCCGCCGUCGUUCAAGAGCAGCACAUCGUCGUCGAGAAACCCAUAGAGCAGCCCGCCGUCAUCAAGCAAGCAGCACAUCAUGUCGAGCAACCCAUAGAGCAGCCCGUCGUCGUUCAAGAGCAGCACAUCAUCGUCGAGAAACCCAUAGAGCAGCCCGCCGUCGUCAAGCAGCCCGUCGUUGUCAACCAGCCCGUCGUCGCCGACCAGCCCGUCGUCGCCGACCAGCCCGUCGUCACCGUCGUCGUCGAGCAGUCCAUCGUCGUCGAGCAGUCCAUCGUCGUCGAGCAGCCCAUAGAGCAACGCGUCGUCGUCCAGCAGCACAUCGUCGUCGAGCAACCCAUAGAGCAGCCCGCCGUUGUCAAGCAGCCCGUCAUCGUCGACCAGCCCAUUGUCGACCAGCCCGUCCUCGACCAGCAAGAGGUCAUCGAACAGGCCACCGGCAUAGAAGAAGCAGCACCUGAACCUCCGAGGCCACGAACUCCUCCCAUGAUGACUCGCAAGCGGCUUACAGGAGUAACGCCGAAGAAGUCAUGGCGCAAAAGGGGUGAUGAUCCGUGA